GUGAGCAAGAAGAAUUCAAACUGACUUAUACUAGCUCGUAAAAAUUACAUUAGAUACCAUUAAUGUUGAAUAUCGGACUGUGCACUGUUUGAGCAAUGCGUUACAGGUGAUGGGAGUAUUAUUUUUGUUUUUGUUGGCUUUACUUACCAAUCUUACUUCCUGCGACUAUUAUGAAACUCUUGGCGUAUCAAGAUCUGCAACACCAGUGGAGAUAAAGUCAGCAUACAGAAAGUUAGCUAAGAAAUGGCAUCCAGAUAAAAAUCCAACAGAAGAAGCAAGUAAAAAGUUCAUAGAAAUAAAUCAGGCAUAUGAGGUUUUAUCAAACACUAAGAAGCGUCAUGAAUACGAUACUUUCGGAAGAGUUCAUUCGGAUGGUAGCGUCCCUCCUCCUGGACACCGUCCUUAUCGUCAUGAGUUCGUACACUCUCCAUUCGAAGAACUUUUUGACUUCUUUCCCGGCUUCAACAGUGCUCCGCAAUUCUCAGUGAAUGUUGUAAAUAUUGACUUCCGGAGCUAUCGCCUAACUCAUCUUCCAAGAUCUCGGACGGUGCCAUUAUUCAUUCUUGGUUAUUCAGAUUUCUGUUUCCCUUGCCGUCAAGUUCGUCCACUUUGGUCUCACUUAGCGGAUGAACUUACUCCAUUGGGAAUAACUGUAGCUAGUGUUAAUUUAGAACAUGAUUCUGCAUUACGUGAGGAACUACGUGUACUACAUGUUCCAAGUGUGACUAUAAUUGUUGAUGGUCAGAUUACUUACUAUUCUCGAAGUGAUUUCAAUCAUAACAGCCUAAUUGAUGCUUUGAGAAAUGCCAUUAUGAAGUCGAAUCCAUCAAAAUCUAAAGCGCUGCCAACAUUCCUCAGUACAACAAUUGAUACACCAUUAAUACAAAUGAUCAGUGACUAUAGUCAAUUUGUAAACACAUUUCAUUAUGGUUGGCGUCGUGAUAGUCGGCCUAGAAUGCUAUUCAUUAAACCGCUAGCACUACCACCAUUGCGUUAUUGUAUUGCUGCUUUCAAAGCUGCAGAUCAUUUAGCCGCAGGAUAUAUUAAUUCUGAGGCUGAGAAUAAUUAUGAGUUAAUUAAAAAACUUAAUGUGAAUCCAGAUGAGGAGACAUUUUUAAUAUUCCACGAAGACUCAAAUGUACCAGUGUAUCGUCAAACAGCAAGUAAAUUGUCUCCUUCUACUCUAGACAAUGCAAUGUUAGCCUAUAGUCAACUCCUUGUACCAAGAGUGUAUAGUCGUGCUCGCCUGUUAGAUUUAUGCCCAACUGAUGGAAGUGAACCAGCUAGUAAAUAUGCACAAGAAUCUGAUAAACGUUAUCAUCACAGCCAGUCAUCAUAUCAUUAUUCACCUAAUCAUCGUCAUAUAUGCUUAGUACUUUUAUUAAAUUCACGACAAUUGAAUGUUGAACAAAUCCAUAGUCUUGGUGAUAUUUGGUUAACAAUGUUUAGUCGUACUGUGGAAACAUCUAAGAAAGAUUUAUUAAAGUUAUAUCAUAUUGGUCAAAGUAACUUUCAUUUUAUGCCUGUAUAUAUUUAUGCUGAUCGUCAAAUUGAGUUAUUGACCAGAUUGAGUACAUCCUCCUCAUGCUCAGAGGAAUCGUGUAAUUUAAUUAGUGAAGAUAAUAUGGGUCGUUUAGCUUUGAUUUGGCGCAUCAGUUCAACGGAGAUUGUGUAUCAUCUUCUCCCGGAUAAUUCACUAUCUCAUCCAAGAAAAUAUAUAAACCAAGAGACCUUUAGACAAACUCCGCCAGAUGAUACUAUGAAAAUGCAAAAAUCUGUUGAACAAAUGUCUAUCGCUUUAAUCAAUGACUUAAAAGAUGUUAUGAAAACGAUAAAUGACAAUAAAAUGUAUUCAUCAAGUCAACUGUCUAAUUCAAUUGAAAAACUGAACAAUUGGUAUCUACUAAAAGAUUGUAUGAUUGAAGAAUUAAUUGUCGAUGAAUUAGUUGCCUCAAUAUGGAUUAGACUACGAAAUAGAAUAUUACAGAUUUUUGUCGACAUUGGACAUUGGAUAUUUGACCUUGCAAAUCAUCCAUUGGCAUUUGUAUUUUCUAGUUUUAUGGUUAUCAUUGGAUUAUUACUAUUCAGUUUAUUAUCGACAAUAUCACAAGGAAUGACAUAUGAACAAGCUAAGCACAAUACAAAGACGUCUAAUAAUAAUAAUAGUAAUAACAGAAAAGGUGAAGAAGAAUCCACCAAUACAACAGCUACUACUAGGGGUAGUGGUAGCACAUCCCCAAGUCAAUCCACUAGUUAUUCAGACACAUCAUCUACAAUAACUCCAGUCGUAGCUUUAAAUCCUUCUACAUACGAUCGCCUUAUUCGUGAUGCGCCUAAAGGUUUUAGAGUAUUAAUACUCUGUAUCCGUGGUACUGGUACUCCUCAGGAUGAUCGAUUACGUGAUCAGUUUAGUUUUGUAACUCGUCGUGUAUGUGGAACACAAAUCCAGCGUGCCUGUCUCUCGAUGGAUCGAUAUGCUGGUUGGCUUGCAAAGCUGCUCGAGUCAACUAGAUCUAAUUUUCCCGUUCGUAUUCGUUCAAAUGGCAGUGUAUAUAGAAAUAGACAGCAGUUAAAAGAGGAUAGUACCUGCAGUAGUAGUAAAGCUGGAACAUUGUUUAUCAAUCCAGUAAAUUGUGUUGGCACAGUGAUUGCUGUCAAUGGUUACCGACGAUAUUUCAACCUCUAUCAUCCAUUAAUACCUGGAUCUCAAAGUAGUUCUGAUGAAGCUGAUGAUUCAGAUGGAGAAACAGCAUUACUGCCAACUGGAACUGGGAAACGUCUUCGACGUAGACGCAUUUUCGGUCGUGCAUUCGGUUUAGAAUCCGAUGAUGAAGAAGAUAUCCAAUCCGAUGGUAUUAAUAAUCGUGAACAUUUGAAGUCUAGACAUCAAAUCAGUGAUGGUGCAUUAUUUGACAGUGAAUUGUUAAGUGGAUUAUCUAAUUGGUUAGAUCGUUUAUUCGAAGGAUCACUUCCUCGUUAUAAUAUUGCAGAAUGGCCAAUUGGUUUGCUUGGUGAUGAUUAAAUUAGUAGUAUAACAGUGUGUAUUGAUUAGGUGUUAUUGCAUAAUUCUUUACCCAACGAAUCAUACAUUUCUUUUCAUUCCCUUCAUAUCAUAAUACUUGAAGUAUUUGUUUACUGUACGUACGUAUAUAUAUAUCAGUGUAUGGAUGGUGAUCACAUCUCAAUUAAGUCAACUAACGUUGAGCAUAAACUAAAUACUCUUUGGAGAGGGAUAGUUCCGUUGCUGUUGGUUAAUAACUGACUUUUUAUUCUUUGUGAUUCUGUUGCCAUGAUAAAUGUUAUUACUAUUAUUAUUGUUAAGAAUUCUAUACUUUUAUUCGUACUUACAGUUACUCGUUUUUUUUAUUGCUUUGGAUUCACCUUUUCUUAUGUAUUACAGUCUUUUAAAAAUUAGAAAUUUGUUUGUAUUUAUGCUUAUUUAGCACUUCAUCUGUUUAUUUAUUUCAAAAGAAUUUAUACCUCUGAACAUGUGCUGUGGUUUUUCUAAAAUCUUGGGAUGUAUAUAGCGAAC